AUGGUGUAUCAACCCCACACUGGUGAGGUGAGUGUUAAGGAGCUGCUCUGGAUGCAGGAAGGCAGGAGUGAUCGCAAACCCAGCCAAACAUCACCUGGGAUAAAGAGAGAGUCUCCAUCACCAUCUCCACAGUGGUGGCUCAUUGCGGUGAUUCUUGAGAUCCUCUGUUUGGCUUUGCUGACAACUGCGAGGAUCUUUGAUGCCAACUGCUUCAAAUGCUGCCUAUGUCCAGAUAAAUGGUUACAGUACGGAGAGGAUUACUACCACUUUUCUAAUGAAUUUAAAAUUUGGCAAAAGAGUAAAGAUUAUUGUUCUUCACUAGCUUCCAAGCUGCUUCAGAUAGACAGCAAAGAAGAACUGGAUUUCAUAAUGCAGGAGUUAUUUAAACUUUCUGAUGUUUGCCAAGGUCUUCGUUACCAUGAAAAUUACUGGUUUGGACUGUCAUAUGACACAGCCAUUAAAAAAUGGGUUUGGGAGGAUGGCACCACUUUAUCCUCUCAUCUGUUUCAAAUUCCAGAAAAUAAUUAUAAAUUUUAUCGGAAUGGGGUUUGUCCCUAUUUUCAAGGUGAAAAGGUCCUUGCUGGAGAUCGUUGGCAAUUGGGAUAUCCUAUCUGUGAGAAGAGAGACAGAUUUAGUGCCUGACUGGAUUAAGACAUCAAGAAAAGAAGAUGAAGCAGAAUGGAACAAAGAUAAGUGUAGCCCAGGACUUUGAGUUUAUAAUAGACUGCUCCCUUGGGCUUUUACAAAAGAACAUAUAUUGUUAUGUACAAUUUUAUUAAACAAAACUGGUUUUAAUGUUUGGGGCAAAUAUUGAUUGAUUAGGAAUGUGGAGCAGCAGCCUCAUUUGAUACACCACAUCCUUGGGAACUUUCCUCGUCUGGUCAAACUUCUCCCACAAGCCUGAAUAAAGGACAGAGUCUUAGUUAAAAGGGGUAAAAUGGUAGUAACUCCUUUGAAGCCAAUGAAGUUACUCCUGAUUUACACGUCUGUAAAUGAGAGCAGAAUCUCUCAGUUCAGAAACACAGGAAGCUGAACACAAGCACAUUAAAGAGGAGUUUCAUCACUAGAACUGAUUUGAAAGUAAAAGAAGAAUAUUUAUGCACACUAAAGUUUCUUUGGCUUGUCAUUCCUACAUACCUCUUCUUAUAAUUUUUUAGAGCCAUGGGCUCAAACCAGUGAUCUGAACCAGAUCUCAACCCCUGUGAAGUUUGGG